GAGAGAGAGAAAGCUACACUCGGGAAAGAUUGGCAAAGACAAAGGAGUGAACAGCUUUCAGGGGGAGAACGGCGGCUCGUGGUCGUCCAGCCGUGACAGCGACCAGGUGAGUGGCCGCUGCCGAGGAAAGGAAGUUAGGAGACGGGAAAAGGAAGCGCCAUGUUCCGCUGUGGACGCAGCGGCAGCGGCACGUAGGGCAGCCGGGAGACUAUCGCCAGAUAUCUGUUGCAUAUCGAGGACGAAUAGCAUCCGUCCGUGUGUGGUUUCAGAGGAGAACAGCCGCUGUAAGGCGUCUUGCGUCCCCGUCGUCUCCGUUCCAGUGGAGGUGACGCCUCGCGGUCAUCGUGGCCCGGGGAUGGAAAGAACUGUGGAGCUAUAGGCUUGGUGACUGGAUGGAAAGAACUGUCCACACACACACACACACACACAUAGCAAGAUGGAGGAAGUGGAAACGCACAGAGAACAGUUUGAUUGACCACGCCGCUGACGUGGUGGUGCUGGAGGAGUAAUCUUUCGUUUGGGAGCAUCUGGAGUGUCCCUCUCCCAUCUUGGGCUCCAGUUUUCACCCCCCUGCCUCCCGUUGACCUUUCUGCACCGUUCUAUAAUUUUAGAGAGAGCAGGUGUGAAGGAGCCACAGGUCUCAACCCCCACCCCUCCUCCCUCCUCCCCCACCCCCCGGUCCAUCCGUUUCACAGAGACACCCAAGCUCCUCUCUUCCAAGGCGGCUGAGAGGUUGCUAUGGCAAUGGUUGCCAUGAUGCUGAUAUAGCAUCCUGAAGGAGGUGGUGGUGGAGGUAGUGGUGGAGCUGGAGGAGGAGGUGGAGGUGGCGGCGGUGGUGAUCGUCCAGGGAUGGGAAGCGCUCCGUGUCCAGCCGGUGAGUGGAAGGGUAAAGGCCGAGGCGGCCUCCAAGAGCUGGGAUGCAUGCGCUGGAAGGUCAGCAAGCAGAAAGGAGGAGGAGGAGGAGGAGGAGGCGAGGUGGGAGCGGAGGAGAGGAGGUGCAAGGACCCCACGGAUCUCUCCUUCUCCUCUCCCUCCCUCUCCCCCCCCCCACCGCCUCCUCCUCAACCCUCUCCGACGCCUCCAGCCAUUUACCACGAGAAGCAGCGGCGGGAGCUGUGCGCGCUGCACGCCCUCAACAACGUCUUCCAGGACGGGACGGCCUUCAGCCGGGACACGCUGCAGGAGAUCUACCAGAGGCUUUCUCCCGGCACUCUGGUGACGCCUCACAAGAAGAGCAUGCUGGGUAACGGAAACUACGACGUGAACGUGAUAAUGGCGGCCCUGCAGACCCGAGGCUUUGAGGCAGUCUGGUGGGAUAAAAGAAGGGACGUGGGCGGCGUGGAGCUGUCCAGCGUGACGGGGUUCAUUCUGAACGUGCCGUCCAACCUGCGCUGGGGGCCUCUCCGGCUGCCGCUCAAACGCCAGCACUGGAUCGGAGUCAGAGAGGUGGGGGGGGUCUACUACAACCUGGACUCCAAGCUGCGUGGCCCUCAACCCAUCGGCAACCCGGAUGAGCUCAGGAAGUUUCUACGCCAGCAGCUGCGAGGGAAGAACUGUGAGCUGCUGUUGGUGGUCCCUGAGGACGUGGCGGCCCACCAGACGUGGCGCUCGGAUGGCUGAAAAGGUUUCGCCGGCGGGCCGAGGUGGCCGAUCGCAGAACGAACAGCAGCGGGAAGUUAACGUGGCGCGCGGCCGAUCGAGUGGAGAUGCACAGUCGCGGAUGUAUUUCCCCGACCUCCUCGGGGGGGGGUUGUUUACACAGCCAUCGCUGGACUCUUCUUAUCUGAGAGGAUGCGAAGCGGCGAAGGAAGCAAACACUUUACAGGGAGAACUGGAGAAACCACAGUCCUUACGCAGUUAAGACUUAUAAGAAGUCGCUAUUCUGUUUUUAUAUAUAUAUAUAUACACAUAUUGUCUAUUUUUCAAUGUCAGUUUUUAUUUUUAUUUCUUUUUACUGUUCAAGUUUCCAAAGUCACGAGUGCUCAAUGCUGUGUUCAUCCGCUGGUCCCUCAGCGACCCUCCCACUACAGUCCCCCCCCACACACACACACACACACUCUGAGCCAGCACUGUGGCGAGGCGGUGCAGACAUGACAGUUUUAUACGCAACCGAGCCCUCCACCUGGUUUCCUUUUCAAGGGAAAAGUAACGGCAUCAUCCAUCAAGCUUUUUUUUGGGUAAUUGUUCAUAUAAUGACUUUUGCUCAUCAUCAAGGAAUUAAUGCAACGCUAACAACGUCCGUCAUCACCGAGUAGAAUAAUACUGGAUUAUUAUUUGAUGUAUCAAUUGAAUUACGGUGAUAAGAGAACCCGUUGUCUAGAUUGUUGACACAAAUUAAACAUUACAAAAGUACAGAAA